UGGCUCACCAUCAUCGUUCAGGAUCCCGACACGGAGACUCUCUUGGAGCAACCUGCCGACCAUUUCGUACUUUAAUCUUGUUACUCUGUCCAAAUAAUUAGGUUCGGCGAUGGAGCAAGAAGCGGCUGCGCGGGCGCCGGAGCACGUGGGCAGGGUGACCCUCCGGCCGUUCGACCUCGCCGACGUCGACGCCAUGACGUCCUGGGCAUCGGACCCCGUAGUACUGCCCACGGCCUCCACGACGUGGUGCCCCAACCCCAACCCGUCCCGCGACGCGCUGCUCGCGUUCCUCCGGGACACGGUGCUCCCGCAUCCCUGUUUCCGCGCCGUCUGCCUAUCCGGCGCCGUCGUGGGGGCGGUGUCCGUCACGCCGACGGACGACCGGUGCCGCGGGGAGGUCGGGAUCGCGCUGUCUCGCGCGCACUGGGGCAAGGGCGCGGCCGGCGCGGUGGCACUGAGACGCGCGGCGUCCGCGGCGUUCGUCGACCUGGAGGGCGUGGAGCGCGUGGAGGCGCUCGUGGACGCCGACGACGCCCCGGCCCGGCGCGUGCUGGAGGAGGCCGGGUUCCGCAUCGAGGCCGUGCUGCGGAGCUACCGAACUGUCGAGGGCCGGCUCACGGACGUGGCCGUCUACAGCGUCAUCUCCACCGAUCCACUCCUCGACUGAUGUACACCAUAUUGUUGCCAAUCAAAUGAAUGCGUGAUCGGAAGCAACAGAUUUGUAAAUUUCAUCACCUUGAAGGCUUGAACGCGUGAUCAAAGUUCCCAAGAAACUAGAUUACAUUGCCGCAUUUUAGCUGCAAAUUGCAAAGAAGACGAUACGUCGCCCCGUAGAGAUCGAUACUACGACCGCUUUGUCUGUAUGUCAUCCUCCAAGAGAUCAGAGAUUGACAGAACAAACGGACUUAUUUUC